AUGCGUUUCCUGACCUCCAUCACCGCUAGACAAGGUGAAUCGACGAUACCGCCUUAUGCAAUACUUUCACACACUUGGGGAGCAGACAAGGAUGAGGUUACUUUCGCAGACCUUGUAACAGGCAAUAGCAAGGCCAAGCGUGGCUAUGAGAAGAUUCGCUUCUGCGGACAACAAGCACAGCAAGAUAACCUACAGCACUUCUGGGUCGACACAUGCUGCACUAAUAAGAUGGACAAGGCCGAGCUCUCCUACGCUAUCCAAUCCAUGUUUCGCUGGUACCAAAACGCGACGAAGUGCUACGUGUAUCUAUCAGAGCCAGCCUUUAGGUCAAGCCAAUGGUUCACGCGUGGCUGGACACUCCAAGAGCUUCUUGCGCCAAGCAUAGUCGAGUUCUACUCUCAAGAAUGGGAGAAGCUAGGUGACAAGGGAUCACUAAAGUUGUUAAUCCGCAAAAUUACUAGCAUCCCAUACGAAGUACUCAACGGAGCUCCUCUUUCUAGAUCCAGUAUUGGCGACCGGCUGCGUUGGAAAGGAGGCCGGGUGACUAAACACGAAGAAGACGGAGCCUACUCGUUGCAAGGUAUCUUAGAUGUCGAGCUAGCGCCACGGCCGUAAUACGCGGGCUAUUGUACAUGGUGGUGAGCCAGCAACCUUCGCUUGCAUCGCACGUCCGCAAGAAGCAAGACCAUGCAGGCAAAGCCCUGUUCGAGGAUGCGAAUGCCUGGGUUGCCUUAACAGAAAUCUAGGUGGACGUGCUGCGAGACCUGAGCCUGCGCAUGACAUACCUAAUCAUUGACGCGCUAGAUGAGUGUAUUACUGAUAGGCCGAAGCUGCUGCACUUUAUUGCGACGCAGUCAUCUACGUCCCACCGCGUCAAGUGGAUUGCUUCAAGCCGCAACUGGCCAGAACUUGAAAAGCGUCUAGAAGCAGCGGGCCACAAAAUAAGGCCAAGUCU